AUGCAACACAUAUUCGCUUUGAAAUUACUGCUGCUCCUGCUGUUUGGGGAAUCACUGGCAUUGCAGCGGCCAAUCUCCGAAAAUUCCCACAGCCCACUGGAAGCCCUUUCCACCAAGGUGCUGAUCCUCUCCAGCGCGGUGGUGCUCACCUGUGUUUGGCUAGGAUGCACCUACUCCAUGGCCAGUCGCCAUCAGAAGGCGGUUCAGUAUCUCCAGCAACAGCUCGACCAACUCUGGCUGCUGCAGGCGAAGCCCUCCAUCUGGCCACAUGCCCCCUUCAUCCCGAGUCCCGGGGAGCAGAAUCCGCCGGAGUACAUUCCGCCGAAGGAUCCGCAGGAGCAGGAGCAGGAGGCCAUUGAGGCGCAGGAGAGGGCCGAAACAGCUAGGGCCUUCUUGGAGGCCAGAAACAGCGAAAAAGAGUGAGCUAGGGGUGAAAAUCAUGUAUUUACUUCAAGAUUUGAUACUCUUCUUGAGUGAAUCUCAGAAUAAAGCUUUUAACAAUCUAAUAUUUUCCAAAACUUGGGUAUUUUUGAAGGCCAGAAACAGCGAAGUGAAUUUUAAAUAUUAAAGAUAAUUAUUAAUCCAAACUUUGUAAAAGCAAACUUUUAAUAAUUUAAUACUUCUUUUGGCUAUAUUGUGUUUUGAAAAAUGUAUUAAUAUUAUAUAAUAAAAAAAAA